ACUUUGUGUGUUGCUAUAGUACACUACAACCAGCCAGAUUGGCUAUCUGACUUCCUCUACUAUGCAGAAUUCAUUUUCUUAGGGCUCUUUAUGUCCGAAAUGUUUAUAAAAAUGUAUGGGCUCGGAACGCGGCCUUACUUUCACUCAUCCUUCAACUGCUUCGACUGUGCUGUCAUCAUUGGGAGCAUCUUUGAGGUGAUCUGGGCUGUGGUAAAGCCUGGCACCUCCUUUGGGAUCAGCGUCUUACGAGCUCUCAGGUUACUGCGCAUUUUCAAAGUCACAAAGUACUGGGCUUCCCUACGAAACCUAGUCGUAUCUCUGCUGAACUCCAUGAAGUCCAUCAUCAGCCUCCUUUUCCUCCUCUUCCUCUUCAUAGUCGUCUUUGCCCUUUUGGGAAUGCAACUCUUUGGGGGCCAGUUCAAUUUUGAUGACGGAACCCCUCCAACCAACUUUGACACUUUCCCAGCAGCAAUAAUGACGGUAUUUCAGAUCUUGACUGGUGAAGACUGGAACGAAGUGAUGUAUCAUGGUAUCCAAUCUCAGGGCGGUGUCGAUAGAGGAAUGAUGUUCUCAGUCUAUUUCAUUGUACUGACCUUGUUCGGUAACUACACUUUGCUCAACGUGUUCUUGGCUAUUGCUGUGGAUAAUCUGGCCAAUGCUCAGGAGCUCACCAAGGAUGAACAAGAAGAAGAAGAAGCAGCCAACCAGAAACUUGCCCUCCAGAAGGCAAAGGAAGUAGCAGAAGUGAGCCCUUUGUCCGCAGCCAACAUGUCGAUAGCAGUGAAAGAACAGCAGAAGAACCAGAAAGGCUCCAAAUCAGUGUGGGAGCAGCGGACAACUGAAAUACGGAAGCAGAACUUGAUGGCAAGCCGGGAGGCGCUCUACAAUGAGAUGGACCCUGAGGAUCGCUGGAAGGUCACGUAUGCCCGGCAGAUGCGGCCAGACAUGAAAACCCACUUAGACCGGCCACUAGUGGUAGAUCCUCAGGAGAAUCGGAACAACAACACCAACAAGACCCGUCCCAGUGAGCCACCCUUGGAUCCCCACUUCGGACAGCAACGGCCUGAGGAGUUCCUGCGAAAGCCACCCCGCUACCAUGAGCACCCACGGGAUCCCCAUACAUAUGAGCGCCCUGACUCAGGGAGCUUGGAGCCACGACGCCCACGGAGCAAGGAAAUUGACUUCAACCAGGAAAGCGGGUACCAUGAGAUGGACUACCCCAGCAAGGAGCAUAAUGCGAUUCCUGAGCGUGGUUACCGUGGUGACUGUGACUCUGAGCGCAUCAAGGCCUUGGACCCUCACCGCCGGCACCGAGGCGGCAAAGAGAGCCGAAGUGGGUCGCCCCGUACAGCUGAUGGCGACCGGGAGCUCCGGCGGCAUCGGGCUCACCGCCGGACGCCAGAUGAGGGAGGUGGUGAGGAGGGCAGCAAAGCUGAGCGCCGGCCUCGGCAUCGUGAGGGGAGCAGGCCCACGCGGGGGGAUGGGGAUGGGGAGCAGCCCGACGGAGAACGGCGCCGACGGCAUCGGCACACCGCACAGUCCACCUAUGAUGUUGAUGGCAAGGAGCGCCGUCACCGGCGCAGGAAAGAGAAUCAAGGCUCUGGCCUUCCACCUGGACCAAACCUAUCCACCACACGGCCGAUCCAACAGGAUAUGGGACGCUUGGAGCCCCCAGUGGCGGAGGAUAUUGACAACAUGAAAAAUAAUAAGCUGGCAACCAAUGAGACCUCAAACCCACAUCCCAUCGGUCAUCCUCAGAACCUUGCCAAAGGAGGCAGCCACUCAAAUUCCACACCCAGUCGCAUCCCCCAAAAUCCACCUGCUCCUUUGGACCAGCCACUGCCCAACUCUCAGAACUCUACCAGUCGCCGGGCCCCCAAUAACCCUGCCAAUCCAGCCAGCCCUGGACCCCCUAAGAACCCUGAGAACAGCCUCAUUGUCACUAACCCCACCACCCAGAACAACCCACCUAAAACUGCCAAGAAACCAGAGCACACGGUGGUGGAGGUCCCACCCACCUUCCCACCACCAAUCAACAAUGCCAUCAUGCAAGUCAAUAAGAAUGCCAAUCCUGAACCUUUGCCCAAGAAGGAGGAAGAGAAAAAGGAGGAAGAAGAUGAUGAUGGAGGAGAGAAUGGGCCCAAACCCAUGCCACCAUACAGCUCCAUGUUCAUCCUCUCAACCACUAACCCGUUUCGGCGGCUUUGCCAUUACAUUGUAAACUUGCGCUACUUUGAGAUCUGCAUCCUGAUGGUGAUUGCCAUGAGCAGCAUUGCAUUGGCUGCUGAAGACCCUGUACAGCCAAGUGCUCCCCGUAACAAUGUUCUCCGUUAUUUUGACUAUGUCUUCACAGGUGUCUUCACCUUUGAAAUGGUUGUUAAGAUGAUUGACUUAGGACUGAUCCUUCAUCGGGGCUCUUAUUUUCGGGACCUGUGGAACAUCUUGGAUUUCAUUGUGGUCAGUGGCGCAUUGGUGGCGUUUGCCUUCACAGGCAGCAAAGGGAAAGACAUCAACACCAUCAAAUCCCUGCGUGUCCUUCGCGUCCUCAGACCCCUCAAAACCAUCAAGCGAUUGCCAAAACUCAAGGCUGUGUUUGACUGUGUCGUGAACUCACUAAAAAAUGUCCUCAACAUCCUCAUUGUGUAUAUGCUCUUCAUGUUCAUCUUCGCUGUGGUGGCUGUCCAGCUCUUUAAAGGCAAGUUCUUCUACUGCACUGAUGAGUCCAAGGAGUUUGAAAAGGAUUGCAGGGGAGAGUACUUAGUCUAUGAGAAGAACAAUGAAGUGAAGGCUGAGAGGCGAGAGUGGAGGAAAUAUGAUUUCCAUUAUGACAACGUGUUGUGGGCACUUCUUACUCUCUUCACUGUAUCUACAGGAGAAGGCUGGCCAGAUGUCCUCAAGCACUCGGUGGAUGCUACAUAUGAGAAUCAAGGCCCUAGCCCUGGUUAUCGCAUGGAGAUGUCCAUUUUCUAUGUGGUCUACUUUGUGGUCUUCCCGUUUUUCUUUGUCAACAUUUUUGUGGCCUUAAUCAUCAUCACCUUCCAGGAGCAGGGGGACAAGAUGAUGGAGGAGUACAGCUUGGAGAAGAAUGAGCGAGCCUGCAUUGACUUUGCUAUCAGCGCCAAGCCACUCACCCGGCACAUGCCUCAGAACAAGCAGAGCUUUCAGUACCGUAUGUGGCAGUUUGUGGUUUCACCACCCUUUGAGUACACCAUUAUGGCCAUGAUUGCCCUAAACACCAUUGUCUUAAUGAUGAAAUUCUACAAUGCCACAAACAUAUACGACCAUUUACUAAAGAUGUUCAACAUUGUCUUCACCGCCCUGUUCUCCUUGGAGUGUAUUCUGAAAAUCAUCGCUUUUGGAUUGUUGAAUUAUUUCCGUGAUGCCUGGAAUAUCUUUGAUUUUGUCACAGUUCUGGGUAGCAUCACAGACAUCUUAGUGACAGAGUUUGGGAACAACUUCAUCAACCUGAGUUUCCUUAGGCUGUUCCGAGCUGCCCGCCUCAUUAAGCUGCUCCGACAGGGUUACACCAUCCGCAUCUUGCUCUGGACCUUUGUCCAAUCCUUUAAGGCCCUUCCAUAUGUGUGUCUGCUGAUUGCAAUGCUCUUUUUCAUCUACGCCAUUAUUGGAAUGCAGGUCUUUGGUAACAUUAGCAUUGAUUAUGACGAGGACAUGUCUGAGGAUGACAAGCCUGCCAUCACCGAGCACAACAAUUUCCGCACAUUUUUCCAAGCCCUAAUGCUUCUCUUUAGGAGUGCCACAGGUGAGGCUUGGCAUGAGAUCAUGCUCGCCUGUCUGAGUGGGAAGCCCUGUGAUGAGAAAGCAGACCUCAAAGGCCAGGAGUGUGGCAAUGAGUUUGCGUAUUUCUAUUUUGUUUCCUUCAUCUUCCUGUGCUCUUUCUUGAUGUUGAACCUUUUUGUGGCUGUCAUCAUGGACAACUUUGAGUAUCUGACCCGGGACUCCUCCAUUUUGGGGCCCCACCACCUGGAUGAGUAUGUGCGUGUGUGGGCUGAGUAUGACCCUGCUGCCUGGGGCCGGAUGACUUUCAUGGACAUGUAUGAGAUGCUGAGACAUAUGUCUCCACCCCUGGGGCUAGGGAAGAAAUGCCCAGCCCGUGUUGCUUAUAAGAGACUACUUCGUAUGGACCUGCCUGUGGCAGACGACAAUACAGUCCAUUUCAAUUCCACCCUCAUGGCAUUGAUCCGGACUGCACUUGACAUCAAGAUUGCCAAAGGGGGGGCUGACAAACAGCAGAUGGAUGCAGAGCUGAGGAAGGAGAUGAUGGCAAUUUGGCCCAACCUCUCACAGAAAACUCUGGAUCUCCUGGUCACCCCUCAUAAAUCGACUGAUCUGACAGUGGGCAAAAUCUAUGCAGCCAUGAUGAUCAUGGAAUAUUAUCGCCAAAGUAAGGCCAAGAAGUUGCAGGCCAUGCGGGAGGAGCAGAAUCGGACACCACUUAUGUUCCAGCGCAUGGAACCGCCAUCUCCAUCCCAGGAGGGUGGCCAAGGACAGAAUGCUCUCCCCUCCUCACAACUGGAUCAAGGAGGCGGAAUGAGCAUGCAGGAAGGAGGAAUGAAGGAAAGUGAGUCGUGGGUCACCCAACGAGCACAGGAGAUGUUCCAGAAGACAGGGACUUGGAGCCCAGAGCGGGGGCGCCCAGAGGAGAUACCAAAUAGCCGGACCAAUUCCCAGUCUGUAGAGAUGCGAGAGAUGGCAAAGGAUGGCUACUCGGACAGCGACCAGUACCUGCCCAUGGAAGGACAUGGACGGGCUGCCUCCAUGCCACGGCUGCCUGCUGAAAACCAGAGGAGGAAGGCGCGACCGCGAGGGAAUAAUCUCAGUACUAUCACAGAUGCAAGCCCCAUGAAACGUUCUGCCUCAAUGUUGGGCCACUCACGCUCCAAAGGCAUGCGCUUGGAAGAUUACUCGCUAGAAAGGGUAAUCCCAGAGGAGAACCAGCGGCAUCACCGGCGGCGGGAGCGGAGCCACCGGACGUCGGAGCGCUCACUCAGUCGAUACACAGAUGUGGACACAGGACUGGGGACGGACCUCAGUAUGACCACGCAGUCGGGUGACCUACCUCCCAAAGAAAGAGACCAAGAGCGAGGCAGGCCAAAGGACCGGAAACACCAUCAUCACCACCACCAUCAUCACCACCACCACACGUCUUCUGACAAGGAGCGGUACUCACAAGAGAGGCACGAAUAUAGCCGGCCUCGCUCCAGAGAUCGACGUUGGUCCCGCUCACCCAGUGAGGGCCGAGACCACAUGCCUCACAGGCAGGGCAGUAGUUCCGUAAGUGGGAGUCCAGUCCUCUCAACGUCUGGCACCAGCACCCCGAGGCGAGGACGCCGCCAGCUCCCACAGACCCCUUCUACACCCCGGCCACAUAUCUCCUACUCCCCUGUGGUCCGUAAGGCCGUCAACACAGGGCCCCAGCAGCAGCAGCAGCAGCAGCAGCAGCAGCAGUCCGUGCACUCCAGCCGACUCUCCAGCCCAGCACCAAGGCGCUACCCCUCGCUGCCCGCAGAGCACCACCUCUCUGAGCGUCGCAGCAGGUCCCCAGCUAUGGAGCGGCACACGGUCCCGCCGCGAAACGAUUCGCCUCGGGCCUACCGCCACGCCAGCAGCCGGUGGUCGGCCCCGCACGUCUCUGAGCCACACCCGGGACCUCGUCAUGGCAGUGGCUACUACCGGAGUCCGGACUACGCCGGCCCAGCUGGUGAGGAAGCCUUUUCCUAUGAGACAAUGCAGCACGGGAGCAGCUCAGGACGUUCGCCCAGAACUUCCCGGGUGGGCAGCAGCUCGUCCUCCCUCUCUCCGUCCAGGCAUGGGCGGCGGCUACCCAAUGGAUACUAUCACUCGCAUGGACCCGCCAAGUCGCGUGGGACAGGAUCACGCAAAGGACUGCACGAACCUUAUAGCGAAACUGAUGAGGACGACUGCUGCUAACCUAGAAGUGGUUUCACAUGACACAUGCGCACGCGCGCCAAACACACUAGACACACACCC